AUGUCGACGCAGGAUCUCCAGUGGCUGCUUGUGCGCAAGUCGAACAGCUUCCUUGUGAAGCAGAAGGGUCUGGGACGUGUGUUCUCGCGCGAACCCGGCAACGUUGCCUCGCUUCACAGCUACAAGCACUCAGGUCUUGUAAACGACAAGGGUGUGGGUAUUGUGCCAGCUGAGAACCGUGGCGUCAUUAUUACGACCCGCAAGCAGAAGGUGUCGCCUCGCGCGAUCCGCUCUGCUCGUGCUCAGACCACAGUGAAGGGUGGCUCGCGCCGUGUGGCUAAAGCCGUUGCCAACAUUGUGGCCAAGAACGGUUACCGUGCGGAUCUGCGCAAGGAUGCCGUUGCUCGUGCUACGUCCAUUGUCAACUCGCAGGUGCGCAAGCACCACGAGCCCCGUGUGCGUGCGCCUCGUGGAGCGAGCGCCCGCAAGGUCCUUCCUGCUCCUAAGGAAGAGUAA